AUUGGUUUCAAACUCGAUGUUGGAAGAUGGGAUCUUCCAGGCCGCGUUGUCGAAGAAUCUCCAGUGUUACAGCUUCCGGAAUACGGAUGCUCCGAAGAUGCCGACCGAGUCGGACGGAGAAGCUCCCUGCGACUUUAUGACGACCAUGAUAGGAUGAACUGCGGGAGGUACCGGGUCUCGCGUCAAAUGCUACCCCAUACCCAGAACCCCGGUACCCCGCAGUUAAUUCUUUUGGAGAGAUCUCCAACUUCAUGUCGCCAACCUCGACGUCAACAUCUGUCACCACUUCCAAUCCUGCUUCAACCCUCACCUCUAGCCUAAAUUUUGCAGUCUAUAUUCGAUCGUUAGAAUUAAGAUUGAGGUUGUCAUCGUCGCAACGAAAGCGCGCGACGUCCCCAUCCCACGAAUAUUCUCAAAAAGGGAGCAGCAAUGGCAUCCAUCGUGGUAGAAAUGCCAACCGAUACUGCCCCUGUACAAGGACAAUCGCCCGACGAAGGCGCUAUACACCCACAAUUACAAAAGCCGGUCCGGCGUUACUCAUGCUCUGUCUGUCAGAAGGCUUUCAAGAGGAGCGAGCACUGCUCUCGACAUGAGAGAGGCCAUACACGUGAGAAGCCUUUUACAUGCAGACAUUGCGGUCGGCGAUAUGCUAGAAAGGACCUUGUCACUCGUCAUGAACAGUCGUUCCAUCCAUUCGAAAUUUCGCGACGGCAACAGUCGCCAGUUACGGAAACCACUCUAUUAGCAAGUACUCAAACGUCUAAUGUGGAACCGAUUGAGGAAACCACGGCUCCAGCACCUCAAGCGCAGUCUACUCUAGAUCCCAUUUUACAGCGAUAUGAUGAGCAAAUUGCAGAAUCUCAACGCGCGUCAUGGACCGCCAAAGACAAAACAAACGACCCCAAAUCAAACGAGCAGGCGUCAACAUCUUCACAUCACGCUGAGGCUCGUCGGGAAUCCGAUUCCGCAGAGUUACCAAUGGCCAUAGAUGGCCCAUUGCCCACGCCUGUCGUAUCGUCUGGACCAGGUAUCAGUCAACCAUUCGGAGACUCUUCAAUGCCCGGCAUGAAUGAUGAAUUCUUAGUAAAUCUCCUCAAUGAUGCUACGGGACAAUCUGGACAAACUCCAAAUUCCGAUACUGUUCUCACUCAAACAUCCGAGGCAAGUCAAAGUGGGCCUAGUGGCCAAGUAUGGGAUCCGAGUCGGACAAAUUGGCAGGAUCCAGACACGUUCAGUAGGCAUGAGUUUGCCGCAGACCCAAAUGCUACAAGCAAUGAACCACCUGCCAUGGCCCAUCAAAUAGAGAACUACUUUCAAGAUGUGGAUAUUUUUUCUAUGUUACCAAACGGCGGGACAAACAUAGAAGCUGAUUUUGCAAUACCGAGCUAUUUGUUCAACUCGGGCUAUAGCCCGCCAAUUGAUAACGAGUCCCCACAGCUCCUUUGGGAUGCAAAUGAGAGGAAUCUCUCGGUCGCUAUGCACGGCACAUCACUAAUAGCCAUCAGAGCAGUUGCAGAGCCGUUCGACCCAGUACCGUUUGCCGGGUCCUCAGCACGACUGCCUACCGUUGUCAACGAAACGCCAAAGCAAAUAUCUCUGCGUCCCGUGGACAGCGACAUCCAUUCUCUGAUCUUGAAAGAUAUCGAGAAGAGAUUGUCACAUGAGCAACUGAAGGACUUCAACAUGCCUAGCGCCCAGAGUCUCCAGCGAUUUUUGGUUAGCUAUUUGACAUGCUUCCACAGACACUAUCCGAUACUGCAUUUCCCGUCCUUAGAUCUUCGGAAUGCACCUACUCCCCUGAUUCUCGCAAUGUGUGCUAUUGGUGCACUCUAUCGACUUAGCCGAAAGACUGCAAAAGAUCUUUGGUUCUGGGCUAAUAAGAUGCUCGAAUUGGAACUUCAAACGCCACCUUCAGAUUUAAUGUCACCUAGCACAAUAGCCGCCGCCCAGUGUAAAUUACUGCUUUCGCUAUUUGCUGUCUUCAGUGGAGACGUGACGGAACAGGCACUUACGCAGUGGGGAUAUUGGACAACGGAAUAUCGACUGAGAAGAGCUAUCUUGGCCCUUAAACGGCCAAAUACCGAAUCGCUUUCAUGGGAGUCAUGGUGUUUGAGAGAGACAUCUAAACGGCUUCUAUAUGGGAUCUUCAUUAUGAGCAGUUUAAUGACUGUGGCCUACGACAUGACUCCUAGCUUUUCUGUGACGCAAGACAUUGACUUGGAGAUGCCCGACGAAGAAAGGCUUUGGGAAGCAACUAACGCUCAGCAAUGGGAGGAGAUAAUUAAGUCACGAAAUACUCCAACUCUCAUAACUGUCCGGGACGCCAUGACUCACCUUAUAUUCGCAAAAGAAGACUCCUCUUCCAGGACUGACGUUAUGAGUUGGACGGCUUUCGCGACGACCGUCAUAAUGCAUGCUGUCAAUGUCCACAUGUGGAACAUCAUGCAAUUUACUCAGUCUUUCACUACAUUCGCCAUUGGCGAACAAAACAACAACAACCUCAGAGCGUGUCUCGUCACCCAGGUUGAAUCGGCUUUGGCAAGAUGUUAUACCUUACUUACGGCUGGCCGCUCUGAACGAGAACACACAUCGGACGACUUGGAAGGUCCACUAAUAUUCAACUGUCUGGCUCUGCUUCGAAGCGCUUAUGUGAGGGUUGCUACUGGCGCUGGUAACUUCAACCGCAUGAUGUUGCUUUGGAGCGACCCAGACCAAGUGACAAGUUCUAUCCAAUCGUAUAUUGACAGUCCCCAAGAACGGAAUCCUUUCUUGACGACAGCUGUGCAUAAGGCUUAUGGAGGGCUCCUCAUUCCAAUUAAAGCUGGCCAUCUCCUGGUGAGAAAAACGGCUGCUCUCAGUUGGAGCGUAGAGCAUGCCAUUGCGGCUUGGGAUUGCGCAUUGUUCGUUCUAAAGUGGAUCCACACUAUGGAAAUGCAACAGCGAGAACUGCCACCAAACGACGAGGAAAUGAGGAAUCUUACCAACUUUGCUCAACUUUUAACCGAGGUUGACAGUGAAUAUAAUGGGAAAGGUUCCCUCGCCGCGGAAGUUACUAGAGUUUGGGCAUCCUUCCUUGACGAUACCUGGGUCUGGGGCAUUACUCCCCGAAUGGGUUACGUAUUAAGGCUCAUGUCAGCCGCCUUUGCAGAAGAAUGGAGGCUGAAAUUCAUUAAUGGAAAUGAGGAUGGUCCCAUUAGCCGAUAAUUAUAUUUCUUUGCUAUUUAUUAUGGCAACGUUUUCGAUAUUUGACAUAGUUACAUCUAGCUUCGAAGCUAGGAAUUACAUUGACU